AUGAUAAAAAUCGCCUCCAUCAUUGCCCUCGCAGCAGCGUCGGCCGGUGUUGUACUUAGCAAUCCCGUGCCCGACGGCCACAAGCCCGUCAUCAUCGGCGUUCCAAUCAUCAACACCACCGGGGUCGAUAGCACAAUUAUUCGCCCCCGGGACGACCCCAACUUCCUCGACUACGUUAGCUGCUAUACCCUGCCCGAGGGCAAUUGCCACCUGGUGUUGGUCCUGGCUGAGAACAACCAGAACAUGGGUGGUCUUGUAAUUAACAACAUAUUUCCCUCCCAGGCCGCCUUGUAG